AUGUUCCAAAGUAGAAUGAUUUUGAAAAAUCUAUGCAAACAAAAGCUUCAAAUUUCUGGGAAUAAUCUGUUGAAUUCAAGAUUCAAGAUUUGUUCUUCUUCUUCUUCAAUCUCCACCAAGUCAUCUAAGCUUCACAAAUUGAAGAAAACUGAAAACCCAAAUUCGAAAAACAAGAAAGAACCCCAGAAUUUUACUUCACUCUUCAAUGAAAUCAGAGAGAUUUUAGGAACAGGGAGUGUAAUGCCAUAUGAAUCCGCAAAUUUAAAGGACACCCAAUUCGUGAAUUCAUGGUCUUGCCCGGAAAGUGUUUGUGAAAAUGCCAAGAAGAGUACAGAGCUGGAGGAUUCAUUAUCUUGCACAGAACUUGUUUGUGAAAAUGCCAAGCUGGAGGAUUCAUCGUCUUGCACGGAACGUGUUCGUGGAAAUGCUGAGCUGAGGAUAGAGCUGAAGGAUUCAUCAUGUGUUGGUGGAAAUGUGAAGCAGAGUGUAGAGCUGGAAAUGAUGAAUUUACACAAAGAUAAUCGGGUUGAGGAUUCGGUGAAAAGGGAUGUUAGUUCUAUAGUUCACAACAUUACGGGGAUUUUGAGGAGUGAAUGUGAUGUGAUCGCCAUGGAGGAACGGUUGGAAAGUGCAGGUUUUGAGUAUAACGAGGAGGUCGUUGAGAAGGUUUUGAAGAGGUGUUUUAAAGUUCCUCAUUUAGCUUUGAGGUUUUUCGAUUGGUUGAAAACAAGAGAAGGGUUUAGUCAUACUACGGAGACUUAUAACACGAUGAUUUACAUGGCUGUGGACUGUAAAGAGUUUCGUUUGGUUGAUGAAUUGGUGGAAGGAAUGGAGAGGAGUUCUUGUCAGAAAAACCUUAAGACGUGGAGCAUUUUGCUAUCGCAUUAUGGGAAUGGAAAGUUGAUUGGCAAAGCGUUGUCAAUGUUUGAACAGUUGAAGAAGUUAGGUUAUGAGCCCGAUUUAAGGGCUUAUACGAUCAUGUUGAGUUCACUUUGUAAUGCUGGAAAAGCUGACAUAGCUUUGGAGUACUUCAACGAGAUGAUCCAUAAAGGCUUGAUGCUGGAUGCAGCUAUGUCUGGACAGUUACUCAAAUGCUUGGCUAACUCCGGAAAUAUUGCUGCAGUUCACAAAGUUGGCGACGACAUGAUAAGGGUUUGUAGUAUUCCAGAAAACCGCGUCUACAGCCUUAUGCUUAAGAGUUUCUGCAUUGCGGGGAGGAUUACAGAAGCUUUGGAAUUGAUUCGUGAUCUGAAAAGUAAAAACAUAAACCUUGACUCUGAAAUUUUUACAACAUUGGUGAAAGGACUGUGCAAGGCUGAGAGGAUCAAUGAUGCAUUAGAGAUUGUUGAAAUUUUGAAGAAAAGAAACGGUGCUGAUGAGAAGGUUUAUGCAGUCCUUAUAAGUGCAUACUUGAGGAGAAAUGAAAUUUCAAAGGCACUUAAUCUGUUUCAGAGCAUGAAAGAUUCGGGAAGUUUGCUCAACGUUUCGACUUAUACCAAUCUGAUGCAGCACCUUUUCAGGGUUAAAGAGUUUCAAGAAGCGUUGAACCUCUAUAAUGAGAUGACAGAGAUGGGAGUUAAAUUGGAUGCUGUUGCAGCUACUGCUGUAGUUGCAGGUUAUAUCAUCCAAAACCGUAUUUCUGAAAUGUGGGAAGUGUUCGAGAAUAUGAAGGAUAAAGGAAUUGUCUUUACUCGGAAAUCGUACCUCAUAUUUGUCAAGGAACUUACCAAGGUGUCAGGGACAACGGAUAUUUUCAAGGUUCUGAAUGAAAUGAAAGCCUCUAAGAUGUUUAUUGGAAACGAUAUAUUCCAGUAUGUUAUUUCGUACCUGGAGAGAAAAGGAGAUAUGAAGAACAUCAACAUGAUCAAGCUGCUACAGGGGGGUUGUGAAGUUCACAAUCAAGAAAAUGAAACACGUGAUGUGAGCAGUCAACGAGAACAAUACUUGGAGUUAAAUUCAGAAAACCUAGAACAAGUGUCCUCAGCUCAUGACAUGCCAGAGGCAAUUUCAAAAUCCUCUAUUGAAUGUGAUGUACAUGAGGUUUGCCAAAUUUUGAUUUCAUCGAGGGAUUGGUACUUAAUACAAGAACAAUUGGAGAAAUGCAACAUACAGUUCACCCCAGAAAUCGUCAUGGAAGUUUUGCGUAAUUUCAGGCUGCAAGGUCGGUUAGCAUUGCAAUUUUUCUCUUGGGUUGAGAAGCAAAGUAGUUACAGACAUACAAUGGAAUCCUACAAUACAGCUAUUAAAAUAGCAGGACAGGGCAAGGACUUCACUCAGAUGAGAAAUCUAUUCUCCGAUAUGAGGAGAAACGGUUGCUUAGUAACAGCUCAUACUUGGACAAUCAUGAUAAUGCAGUAUGGGAGAACAGGACUCACCGAUAUUGCUGUUCGUACUUUUAAAGAAAUGAAAGACAGCAGUUGUAAACCGACAGAAAGUACGUACAAAGCUUUGAUUACAUCUCUUUGUCAGAAAAAAGGUAGGAGAGUUGAUGAAGCAGUAAAAAUAUUCCAGGAGAUGAUUCAAGUUGGACACAGUCCUGAUAAAGAACUAAUCGAAGAUUAUCUUGGUUGUCUGUGUGAACUUGGUAAAUUAAGGGAUGCCAGAAACUGUACUGAAUCUUUACUAAAGCUCGGUUUCAGUACCCCUUUAGCAUACUCAUUGUACAUUAGAUCACUUUGUCGAGCAUGGAGGCUGGAAGAGGCUUUAGCAUUGAUCAACGAAGUUGAUGACGAGCAACAUGUCUUGAGCCAGUACGUCUACGGAAGUUUAGUCCACGGACUACUACAAAAAGGGCAGUUAGAAGAAGCAUUGGCAAGAAUCGAAUCCAUGAAGCAGGCAGGCAUUCAUCCAACAGUCCAUGUAUAUACUUCCUUGAUUGGCUACUUCUUCAAAGUGAAACAGGCCGGAAAGGCUCUUGAAACUUUCAAAGAAAUGAAAGAUUCAGGCUGCCAACCAACUAUAGUUACCUACUCAGCGUUAAUACGAGGGUACAUGAACGUGGGAAAAGUUUCCGAGGCUCGGGAUGUGUUUCAUCAGAUGAAAAAGAAUGGACCAUAUCCUGAUUUCAAGGCAUACUCCAUGUUCAUCUCUUGUCUAUGUAGGAUUGGUUAUUCUGAAGAAGCUCUUCAACUUAUAUCUGAAAUGUUGGAUGUUGGGAUUGUUCCUAGUACAGUUAAUUAUAGAACUGUCUUCUAUGGGCUCAAUAGAGAAGGUAAACAAGAUUUAGCAAAGACUGUAUUACAUAUGAAGUUAGAUGUGAAAAGGAGGAGAAAGUUUCUAACUUGAUAUUAUUUUUUUGUUCAUAAUUGUAUGA